GGAAGGGAAAGAGAGAGAGAGGGGGGGCGCAGAGCAGCCUCCAAGCCUUGGAGCCCUUCCCCUUCCUCGGGGAAUAAGGAGCAGGAGGCGGGGAAGGAAGGAGACCUUUCUCCUGGAGUUGUUUUUGGGGGUCCUCCUCCGCCAUGGCCACCUCUCCUCAGAAGUCGCCUUCGUCCCCCAAGUCGCCCAGCCCCAAGUCACCCCCCUCUCGGAAGAAAGACGACUCCUUCUUGGGGAAACUCGGGGGCACCCUGGCCAGGAGGAAAAAAGCCAAAGAAGUGUCUGAACUACAAGAAGAAGGAAUAAAUGCCAUUAACUUGCCACUCAGCCCAAUUCCUUUUGAACUAGAUCCUGAAGAUACUAUGCUAGAGGAGAAUGAAGUUCGAACAAUGAUAGAUCCCAAUUCAAGAAGUGACCCGAAACUACAGGAGCUGAUUAAGGUGCUAAUUGACUGGAUUAAUGAUGUGCUAGUGGGAGAAAGAAUCAUUGUAAAAGACCUAGCUGAAGACCUGUAUGAUGGACAAGUACUGCAGAAACUCUUUGAGAAGCUUGAGAGUGAGAAACUCAAUGUUGCUGAAGUCACACAGUCUGAAAUAGCUCAGAAACAGAAGUUACAGACAGUACUUGAAAAGAUCAAUGAAACCCUUAAACUUCCUCCAAGGAGCAUCAAGUGGAAUGUUGACUCUGUCCAUGCAAAAAGUCUAGUUGCAAUACUACACCUUUUGGUUGCGUUGUCACAGUACUUUCGGGCCCCAAUCAGACUGCCAGAUCAUGUAUCUAUUCAAGUUGUGGUUGUCCAGAAACGUGAAGGAAUCCUCCAAUCCAGGCAAAUCCAAGAAGAAAUCACUGGCAAUAUUGAGGCAUUGUCAGGACGGCAUGAACGAGAUGCAUUUGACACACUGUUUGAUCAUGCUCCGGACAAACUUAAUGUUGUAAAAAAGACCCUCAUAACAUUUGUGAAUAAACACCUGAAUAAGCUGAAUUUAGAAGUUACAGAACUAGAAACCCAGUUUGCAGAUGGUGUGUACCUGGUGCUCCUUAUGGGUCUCCUUGAAGGCUAUUUUGUGCCUCUUCACAGCUUUUUCUUGACUCCUGAUAGUUUUGAACAAAAGGUGCUCAAUGUGUCCUUUGCAUUUGAGCUAAUGCAAGAUGGAGGGCUGGAAAAACCAAAGCCAAGGCCAGAAGACAUUGUGAAUUGUGACUUGAAGUCAACACUGAGAGUGCUAUACAAUCUCUUCACCAAAUACAGAAACCUAGAAUGAGAAAGUCCAUUGGGAUGCAGUAGUGGCUAUUAGUUAACCAACCAAAGAGCCACAACUUCCUUUACAGUUAUCCUUCCCCCCACACGCACGCACACUUUGCUUUUAAAAUGAAAUGGCAUACUUCUCAGAAUAUUCUUGCAGCAUUUCUUAUAGGUUGUUUUGAAUCAGAACUCUUUUCAAUAUUGUAAAGUGAACACCUGAAGGAGGAUUCCUACUGAGGGACUCUGUGGCUAGAUCAUCCUUGCAAGAUUACAGUUUCUACUAUUGCUUGUAUUCUUGGUGAGCAACCAACAUAGACACAAGCAUCAAUGCACAACCGACUAAGGAAAAUAUGAUGAUCAAUAGAGAUAACAGCCUGUUUCUAUUAGGUUUGCUGAGGCAAUGACUGAGAUGAUGCUGAAACCCAUGCAUACAGGGUCCACCUUCAUGGAAACAACUUGUGCAGGACUCACCAUCCCUCAAUCUGUUGUUACACCUACUGUCUUUGGCACUGCUGCUUUAAUGUUCCUUCCUGUUCUACAUGUAACAUAGCCACUCAAAAGUCAUAAUCAGGCUUUGAAGCCAGCAGCCUAUUCUCUAUGUUAUAGGUUGUUCAUCAGCAAUGGAGCGGGGAGAAUUGGACACCUCUGUACUACUUUUACCAUGUAGUUAGGUGGAAGACAGCUGGAAGUGACUUUCCCCAUUACAUACCAUCAACAAGGACUGUUUUGUAAGGUGUAUCGUUUCAGCUGGUCCAUAUAAUCACUUAUAUUAAAUUGCUUCAGUAUAAUUAAGCUUAAUUCACAAUAACAUAUAGGAAUGCUAUUGCAAAGAUCAUGGAUGGUGAAGAGAGAAGGAAAUGAGAGCACAACCACAGAUCUGCACAUUGUGCAAAUUUGAGUUUUAAAACAGUCUUGGAAAUACAUGUAUGUCAUUAUAAGGAGCUAGGUUAUAUUCCCUGUGCUUACAUUCCUCGAUUUUUCAUUUGUUGAAAGUUAUCUGUUAAAUAUACAUUGCAAUGUAUUUAAAGUAAAACACUAUACAAUUUUCUGCAAUAGGAUACUCUUGCUUAAUUGCAAAGGCAAUGGUACGAACUGUUUACAUGAUUUUGAAACAGCAACUCUCUUAGAGCAAAGCACAUAUAAAUUUAGUAUAGUCACAUACAUUCUAAAAUAAAGGUGGGAUCAGUCCUAUCAGUGCAGUGAAAGGAACAUUUACUGAGUGAUGUUUACUGAACUGAAAUGACAGUUAAAAAUGUAAUUUGUACCCUAAGACCUAUUUAGUUGUAGAAACAGAAGUAUAUAAUUUUAGAUAAUUAAGUAUUUUUGUGUUAUCUUGGUUUCUAAAAAUCUAAAAUGAGUGAAAAAUGUUGAUAACUAACUUAAAGUCAGUCUGUGUUGUACUGCUGAUAUAAAACAACAGGAUUCAAACACAUAGCUGUAUUAGUCUGAAAAAUCAGUAUGAAAACUGGUCUUGUAGCAUCUGUCUUAAAGGUGAUACAACAUUCCUUUGCAUAAGGGCUUGGCAAAGCGUGUUGAGAAAAUGAAAGUUAGAAUUGUGAUUCCAUUUGUUCUACAUUUUGUAUAUAUUUUUUAAAUAUAAUUCCCUACUGAAAAUGGUCAAACAUAAAUGUAAAAGAUAUUUUAGAUACACUUUCACCUAGUUUAUAUUUUAAUAUGAUUUCAGGUAUAUCUUGUCUUUAGUGAGGAAUAAUUUAACUCCUGUACUUUACACUGAAUUUGUUUUGGUAAUGCAAGUGAAAGUUUUCACUUUCUAUGAGAAUCAUCCCAUUGACCUUCUGAACCUAUUGCGUUGCCCUUAGGCAUGCAUUAGCCAUGGGGCGGAACACAUCACCACAAAAGGGUCUAUUGGGGCUGCCAUGGAGCUAGUCGCUCCAGAGCCACAGCAAACACAUAACUGGGAUCCCGAUCCUCCCUGGCCCAAAUAGAAACAGAAAAGACCAGUUUCUAUUUGGGCCAGACCUUGCGGCAUGUAAACCCCUGCCCCCCUCCCCCCAGAGCAGCUGGAAGCCUCCCUUUGCAGGCACAACCCCAGGGUGACUUCUGGGCAUCUUGGGGGGGGGGUGGCAUCCAAACACCAUACCCCCAAGCCGCCUAGAAGCCAGCUUUACUGGGCUAUCUGUUUAGUCCCUGGGGCCAUUUUUCAUCUUAGUCUGCAUUGUAGCAAAUUUCCAGUGAUUGUAAUCCCGUCAGUUUUGUAUGGUACGUAUUUUGGACAAGCGUCCUUGUAUAUGUGAGUACAUUUUGUUGGAAUAACAUAAUGCAGGUAAAACUGCCAUUGAUGCUGCCAUAAUAUUUUAUUCUACCCUGAAACCACAAUUAAAGUCAUAGGGUUAGAGUGAAUAAAAAUAUGGUAGUGAUACCCAAUUUCAGACUUAGUGUUGGCCAACAAAAUUAGAGCAAUUGAGCUGCUGUGGAAUCUCAGUUCUGUUAUUUGGAUCAGGUGUACAAUUGGACCUCUGUAUCCAUGGAUUCUUCAUCCAUGGAUUUGAUCAUCCACAGCUUGAAAAUAUAUUUUAAAAAAAAUUCCAAAAAGCAAAUAUUUAUUUUUCCAUUUUAAAUAAAUGUCACCAUUGUACUAUGCCAUUGUAUAUACUGGGACUUGAACAUCCAUGGAUUUUGGAACUGAACCCCAGUAGAAUCCAAGGGCACACUAUAUAAGAUUCCCAGUCAUCUCAAAUGAGUGUGGAACCAGUUUUCUAGUUUACACUAUAUUGAUUGAUUGAGAUUGAUUGAUUGAUUGAGAUUUUAUUUCUAUACCGCCGUUCCCAUGAUCACGGCGGUUUACAGGCAAUACAAAUGCAAUACAAUACAGAUUAAAAAACAAACUUCACAAUAAGAAACACCCCAAUUAAAACCAGCAUAACUAUACAUCAUUAAAAUCACACAGAAUCAAUUAAAAAUUACUAGUCGAUCUAAAAAAAAAUCCAAUACAAUACAACACACGGUACAUAGGGGAAAAACAGUCAGGACAUGUGAGGGAAGGCUUGACAGAAUAAAUGAGUAUUCACUGGGGCUUUAACCUGCCUUCUUAUUACGAAAUUAUCAGGACAAACCCAAUCCUGCAGAAUUAUAACUGACUCUUAAGUGGACAUUCCAGGGCCAAAUUUUCCCUUCCCUUCAGAACACUCUCAAAUAAUAUUUUUAAAAGAUUAUCUGAGUACUGUGUUGAGCUAGUUAAUCCAUUUUUCUUUUAAGGGUUUAGAUUGAGUUUAUAGCAACAGAGAUUUUAAGAUUUGGUUCCAUUUUAGAUUGCUCAAAAUCUUUCUCUGAAUGGGUUUUUGGGUUUGAAUUUAAGGUUUGAUUCAGCUUCUUUAACAGCAGUGUAUUUCAUCAAGCACAUAGGCUCAGAACAGAGACCAUGCUGGGUGAUUGUGUUACAGAAGCAAAGUCAAAAUGGUGAAGUCUGUAUAAGAGAAAAGAUGCCAAGAAAAACUAGAGAUUCUUCACUGCUUGAGGACUGAAUUGUAGGUACUUUACAGUCAUCCUGAACAGAGGAAACAAAUUACAUCACAGUGAAAAAUCUCUGUUUGGCUCUUUUCAAAGCAGAGCACCAGCAAGUUUGGAAUUCUGUUACAAAUUUUGUCAGGUAGAGGUGUAUAAAAUACAAUCAACUGUGUUGUUCUUUUUUUAAAUGGAAUUCCAUUGAUAAAAAGUAUAAAAUGCAUAUAAAUAAUAGGAAAAAGUGAGCCAAUGCCAUUUUGAGAUAUUUUUUCAUGGGAAGGUGGUUAUAUUCUUGAUCCAAUUAUGCACACAUAGCUGCUUCAGCUGUAUGUAUGCAGUCCUAUAGAAAAUCCCUCUGGCAGCAGGAUCUAUGAAGGAUCCAUAUAUAAAUGUACAGUGUGCCUACCUGGAGUUUCUCAUCAAGCCUAAGUCCUCUCUAAGAGGACUUUAUCACAUGAGGGGAAAUCGGGGAUUUAAACAGACAUUUUCCCGGAAAAGUUGUUUGAUUGCACCAAAGAUUUUCAUACACAUCACGCUUAGAGAGGACUUAUUCAGGGAAGGACCAGAAAUGCUCCAGGAACAAAUCAUUCAUGGGAUUUCCCGGGAUAAGCCCUCUCUAACUGUGAGUUCGUGUGAAAAUCUUCGCUGUGAUCAUGCGACUGUCCCCGAAAAAUGCCUUAAACGCCCAAUUUUCCCCAUGUAAUAAACUCCCAAGAUAAGGACUCUAAUUGGAUAAGGAUGACUGAACGGCUAUCUAGCUUUUUACCCUUGGCAAAUGGAUCUCUGUAGUACCCGGAUAGCUUACAACAGGAGAAUUCCACAACACCAAUUCCUUUAUAAAUCCUUUCUAGUGAUUAUUUUCUGAUAGUACUUCCUUUCUGAAAAAAGUGAAUUUUAAAAUAACCUAAAUUUUGUUUUGUAUAUUGUGACCAUAUUCUAAAGUUCUUAUCUGAGAUCUGUUUCAAAAAUAGGCAUAUAACCAAAUCAGAAGUGCAUCCAUCUUCAGUAUUCCAAAUGGUUCACAUAUGAGAUGAUGAAGGGGAUUUCUUUGAAAAGAAACUAUACUGGAGAACAGAGUUAUGUUUUGUAGUUGUUUUUUAAACUGAAGAACUUUUUCUACACUAUACACAAAUGCAUAUAUUGCAAACAUAGAAUUGUUUAAUACUUUUCAUGUUCAAGCUUAUAUAAAUGGAUCUCAGCUUAUAUUUCUAAUAGAGAUUUAUCACCUAUAUGAAAUUAAUAUGAAAUAGAGUCUAUAGAUUAUAUCUAAUAUUUAUUGCAUCUGAAAACAUAGAAUACAUACAUAUAUAUAUAGUAGCAGGUUUAUUUCUAUAUCAAAUAUAUAAUUUUUUUUAUUUUUAAAACGAGUGUUAACCUAAUUGGAUAAAAUUGUGUUACUAUACCACUUGCCUCAUUUGUUGUUUAAGAGUUUUAGAGUUAAUAACACUUUGUUUGUAUCAGCAAAUAAAUUCUCUUUCCAGUACUAUGCUAGUAAUAUAAAAUUAGCAUUGCAAUUACAUUAUACCUCUGUAGGGCUAUGACAUAGUUGUUUCAGAUUCUUAAAAGCACAGACCGAUGAACCAGAUAAGGAAGACCAAAGCAAAAAUUACUGCUGCAGAGUGCUGUAAAACUGCCACAAGAAGUCUUAUCUGUUUUUAAUCCCUCCUCCCUCCAGCCUUUUCAGCUUUUGGCAGGCCCCAUGCAUACUGCCUGCCAGCAUGCAUGUGCGGACUCACAAGGUAGCUAGAUUCACAUAAGCACAGAUAUAAGAAGCACUACUUACCCAUGAGAAGUGAAUACAGUUAUUACAGUUUGGAUUAUCAUAGCUUCUUAAACACACACACACACAAAACUGACUGCACAGAUCACAGUGGUCAGGUGUUUGCACAUAUCCACAUGUGUGCAAUCUUACUGUUUGGAUCUAUGUAAUGCAAAGGAGCCCAGAUGGUGCAGUGUUACUGUAACCACAAUGUUGUAAGUUUGAUCGUAGAGGAGGGCUCCAAGGUCCACUCAGCUGUUCAUCCUUUCAUAGGUCGCUAAAAUGAGUACCCAGCUUUGGGGGCCAUUGGCUUAGACAUUGUAAACUGCUUAGGAACUGUUAGAUCACUAAUAAGCAGUAUAGAAAUGUACUUGCUCUUGGUAUUGCUAUGUACUCUCUACAGAAUCAUAUCCCUGCAAUGUAAUUCCAUAUAUUCCUGAAGAUAAUCAUAUCUUGGAAGCUCUCAAACUUGUGAACUGGUAUGACUUUCCAUUGUUUAUAAGGUGGGUUGCACUUCCAUGUCCUUUUACUAUUGUGCUGCUCUUUCCUGUUGACUGUCACUUAACAAGAAGCCCACUUAGAAGAUUUCCACUUAUGCAAAAUAUACUGUAUUAUGUUUUUGCCUCCUUUUAGAGAUCUUACUCUCUGGCCAUUUGGCAGAAAAUGUCUUAGGAUGAGGUCACUGGCUAAUGUGUUUUGUUUUGUUUUUCUUUUUCUCAUGGCAUGGUGUUAGGGGCACCAUAAAUUAGAAAAGACUUGCAGGUACAUGGCAAUAAAUGAUGUUAAUGCUGUACUAAACUUCAAGUAAUGCCUAAAUCCAGUAGCUAAUACUAAUAACAGCAGAACUUUUAGAUCACUGGGAACUUGAUAAGUCAAUAUGUAUAUAAAUUCACUUUCUCCAAUGGGUUUAGCUGAGACUAACCAUUGAAUUUAGGCCUGAAUAUUAAACCUGUUUGAUAAAUUGAAAUAUUGAAAAUCUCAUCUUUUAAAGAGAAUUAAGGAGUUUUUAACCCUUGUGGUUCUGAGAAAAUAAUCAGAUUCUAUGAGAAAAAUCUGAAAACUCAAAACUAGUCAGUCUAUCUUACUCGAGAACAAAGCUAUUUAUCCCACUUCUGGCCUUUUUGCUCUUUUCUGUCCACCACAAUUAUUUGCCAGUACUCUCACCUUCACUUAGGGGAAAAAAGGAAAAUCAAAUGUGAGAGGGGUUUUUAUAGCAGGCAUAUUGAAUGGACAGCUAUUAAAAUAAAUGACACAAUCCAGUUUGAAUGGCCUGUGCCUAUUUUUAAUCUUUUUAUCAUUACAAAUUAAUGUUCCUCUAUUUUCAUGUAUGCUUUGUUCCAGCAUUUUUUUAGUACUAGGUAUUCAACAAAUUUUUUAAAAUUAAUUUAGCUUCUUUUCCAAAAAUGUCCAAAGCAGUAUUGAAUACAUCAGCAUUUUGAAACUAUGAUCUUGUAAUGGAAUUUCAUUACCACUUAACAGAGGGAUACAUUAUAAAAACAGAUAAGCUUGUAUGAAUAAAUGCUUCUAUCCUUUCACUGGCAUUCUAAUGAGUGAGAAGUUGCAGUCUUAAGAAUUUGCAGUAAAGACUUGCACCUCCUCCGGUGCACUAUGUGGGAUAUAAUCAAUAAGUAUUUAACCCAUUGAACUGAACAAGUAACUGCUGCUGUGUGUAUGUGAGGUUGUUAAAUUAACAGACAUUUAAAAUCAAUUGUAAGUCAGAAAAAAAUCCAGUUACUAAAGUACAUUGGAAAACAUAUUUGAAAUGUAUUUGAUAGAAAAAAUAAAUUAUCAUUGUGAGCUGGAUAUUGGAAAGUCUUUGAACAGCUUGAGAAGUUCAGGUAUUCUGUGUUAAUGGUAUGCUUAAGAUUAACUGAUGGUCAGUCAUACACUGAAUCUGAAUACAUUUUCUGUCAUCUACAUUCUCAGUUACACACUGAAGAGGUUGCUUUUUAUGUACAUCUUCAACUGCAAAUUCAAUAGCAUUUAUAAAAAAAAUAGUGUAUUCUGUGAAGUCUACAUUCAGUUUUCUUUUUAUGGGUUCACUUGUUUUUCUUUAAAUGUGAUUCAUCAGUGACCACAAAAAUCAUGUGAUAAUUGGAAUUGCUAGUUCUUUAAGUUAAAUAAUUUGUGACACAAAUUAGUUCAUUACAGGUUUCUAUUACAAUAAAAUAAAUUAUUUCACCAAA